AUGGAGGAUGACACGCGGAGCAAUAGCGGCCAGACACUGCGGCCCUUCUCACAACCCACGACAAACUCGAGGUUUCCCUCGUUAAGACGACUUAACUCGACCGAACCGUACCGGCAUCGAUCGCUACCCGCCGAACCCUCGCCUGGCUCCGACCGCGCCAGCAGUGAAAUUACUUUCGCUGUGUUGUACGAUGAUGGUCGCGAUUAUCACGUCGGUCACUACGACGAUCAGGGAUCGAUGCAAACGGCACAAAACAGACACGACUCCAUGGCUUCGUAUGCGCCCUCUUUCCAAACCCGCGACUCACAUCUCGUGAACGACGACAGUUACCUCGACCGCCACCCAGAUUUUGUCGCCAAUCAAAGGCUUCUCGCCGAGGGCUACCUCAACAACGACUCCGUAUACGACCAAUCCGUCCCUCGAUACCCUACGCAAUCAGAAGAGACGCUGGCAAUGAAUGCCAUGCAGAAUCCAUAUCGUGAUGAAAAGAGACCGUUUUCUCAGACGAUGAUCGCGCCCAUGGAUAGAGCGCAUAGCAAGCAUUCGCAUGAAUCAUGGUGCACCUGUGACGAGGACCAUGGUCAUGGUAUGGCCGACAAGAAAGAUCCAUCCAAGAUCGACAUUGAAGCCCAAGAUGGCCCAGCUACGCCGGUUCCUUUCCUUCCCAAGGAAAAACAGGGCGAUCAAUAUCUGGUCAAAUUCGAUGGUCCCGACGACCCCCUGAACCCCAAAAACUGGCCCGCGAACCAAAAGUGGGCCGCGACCGGGCUGACGGCUGCAUUCACUUUCCUCUCACCUCUAGCAUCCUCCAUGGUUGCUCCCGCGCUUCCUCAAAUCCGACGCGACUUUGGUAUCACCAACCAGAUCGAAUCGCAGAUUGUUCUGUCCAUUUUCGUUUUGGCCUAUGCCAUUGGCCCGAUGAUUCUGGGCCCGCUUUCCGAAUUAUAUGGCCGUGUCAUCGUCCUCCAAUCCUCCAAUGUCUUUUUUCUCGCAUUCAACACCGCCUGUGGCUUUGCCCAGACCAAGCAACAACUCAUGGCGUUCCGAUUCUUGUCCGGCCUGGGUGGUUCCGCUCCGCUGGCUAUCGGUGGUGGUGUUCUCGGGGAUCUCUUUAAGCCCGAAGAACGUGGCAAGGCUAUGGGUCUCUACGCAAUGGGUCCUCUGCUCGGCCCGGCCGUCGGCCCCAUCGUGGGCGCUUGGGUGGCGGAGAAGUCCACCUGGCGAUGGAUGUUCUACGCAACCUCGAUUGUCAACGUGUUCAUUCUGCUGGGCGGCUUUUGGAAGCUCAAUGAAUCCUACGCCCCCUACAUCCUCCACAAGAAGGCCAAAAUGCUCCGGAAGCGCACCGGCAAUGACCGAUAUCGUGCCGAAGGGGAAGGCGACGUUGACCAACCUGUCUGGAAAAAGGUUGUCGCUACCAUUGGCCGAGCAUUCGGAAUGUUGUACACGCAGCCCAUCGUCCAGGUCAUGUCACUCUACAUGGCCUUCUCCUACGGCAUCCUCUAUCUCGCCUUGUCUACCUUCCCGGAACUCUACAUGAACGUCUAUGGCGAAAGUGUCGGCAUCUCGGGUCUCAACUACAUCUCUUUAGGCCUUGGCUUCUUUAUCGGUGCGCCGCUUUGUGGCAAGACCAGCGACAAGAUCUAUCACAAGCUCAAGGCCAAAGAUCCGCGAGGCCAAGGCAAGCCGGAAUUUCGUAUGCCGAUUGUCAUUCCGUUUUCGUUCUUUGUCCCCAUCGGUCUUCUCAUGUAUGGAUGGGCGGCCCAGGCCAAGACACACUGGAUCGUCCCCAACAUCGGGUCUUUUAUCUUUGGCAUCGGGACCAUCGCGGCCUUCCAAUGCGUCACCACCUAUCUCGUCGACACCUACGCCAGGUUUGCCGCCUCGGCCGUGGCUGCGGUCACCAUCUUACGAUCCCUGGCCGGUUUCGGCUUCCCUCUCUUCGCUCCUGCCAUGUAUGACGCUUUAGGGUUUGGUUGGGGUAACACCGUCCUCGCGCUCGCCGCCGUUGGCAUCGGCAUCCCCGUUCCCAUCCUGCUAUGGCUCUUUGGCGAGAAGUUGAGGAAGAAGAGCACUCUCGCCUCCAAGGGUCCACCUCCUGGUAAAGGAGGCCCAGGUGGUCCCGGUGGUCCUCCAGGAAAGGGACCCGGGGGACCAGGUGGCCCUGUCCGUCCGGGUGGUCUGGGCGGCCCAGGCAUUGGUCCGGGAGGUAUCCCGACGGGACCUCCUCCACCGUUCCCUGGAGGACAGGAAGGACCUAGGCCUCGCUAG